UACCCCGCUUCCCCCGAACCCUAGCCGCCAGAUACCAGUCUCCCUCCUCUUCCGCUCCCCGCCUCCGCGAACCUCCUGGUAACUGCUCUUCUCUUCACCAUUCAAUCCCGCGCCCAUUCUACGAUUGUAAUCGACGGUCUCUCAACUGUUUCGUUCGAUUUCUCAGAGCUAAUUCGCGCGCCUUGGUCCAAGAUGUAUCUCCAGUACUACGUCAACGAGAAGGGUGUCAAGGUGUACACCACCAAGAAGGAAUCCCCUCUCGGUGUGCCGACUCAGUCUGCCCACCCAGCUCGCUUCUCCCCAGAUGACAAGUACGCUCGCCAGCGUUACCUGUUGAAGAAGAGAUUUGGAUUGCUGCCAACCCAACAGCCAGCACAAAAGUACUGAAGCAAUUGGAGGAUGGGUUAUCUAAAGAGACAUUUACUAUGCGGAAUUCCUGUUUCGAGUGUAGAUUAGGCGAUCAGCUAUGUGAACAGAGAAUCAGUACUGCAACUUUCUUAUCUUGCUUGUUGCCGCAAUAACUCUGAAUGUAAUGCUAUGCUAUUGAUCGGUUAUGCUCUUUGUACUAUGCACUCCAUAUGAGACCAAAUCAUCUGGUUCUACCUUGCUCA